CUUUGAAAUUCACGAAAGCUGCAUCAGAGAUAGAGGGAGAGAGAGAGAGAGAGAGAGAAAGGGGUUUAAGCACUGUUUGGUUGUGUGUUUUUCACCCAAGCUCGGAGGUUUUCAAAUCCUGUCCACAACUUCUUCACUUGGAUCAAAUUAUGUAUACAAAAAUGUUCAUUCUUUCAUUCUUACCACACUGAAUCUGUACAGUUUUUCUUCACCUCAGAUCAAAUUACCAUAAUUUCACUGCACAUAGUUAUCUGUUCUUGGUAUGCUGGUUAAGAGAUGGUGCUGAAGAAGAGAUUGGAGUAUGGUUUUGGUGGGUUUCAGAUUCCCUGUGUGCCUAGAGGUCCCAGAUCAGUUCGAAGGAGACACCCCCUCAAAAGUUUGGAGGAUAAUCAAAUUUGUGCAUUUGAAUUGUUGGCCACUGUGGCUGGGAAGCUUUUGCAGGAGAGUGAAAGCUCUGCUUCUAGUAAUAUUGCUGCAGAUGAGGAGAAAGGUAUUGUUAAGCAAGAAAAGAUUGAAGCUUCAGGGAAAUAUGUGAAAUCUGAUCAGGGAAGCUCGGUAUCUGAUCCCGUUAUUGAAGUGCAGAAAAUCGAGGAUAAUGGUUUUGGUGGAUCUUUGUAUCCCAAAGAUUGUUCGCUCCAGGAACAGACUUCGAAGGUGUUUAAUGGCAAUGGCAAACUCGGGAUUGAAAUUGAAACGCAUAUAGAAGAAGACUUAACUGUAGCUAACGAUCGCACUGUAAAGGAUCCGAUGGAGAAUAAUUAUGUGAAUAAUAAUAACACCCUCCACCUCGUUAACUCAGAGAGUAGUGUACAUUUCCCGUUGUACAGGGAACGAUUUCCUCGUGUUUGUUUUGCAAAGCACAGGAACGAUGUAAAGUUAGGUGUUAGAGAUGAUGGCGAAAAUUCUUACGGGUGCUAUAAACACAGCACCAAGAUUAGGCCUUUCAGGUCACAAUCCCGCAUUGGGUACAAACGAAUCAGGAAAAUGCUGACAUCCAGACACCGGAAGACAGCUCUCGGGUUGAAAGAAUGCGACUUUUCUGACACUUAUGAGAAAGCGAUGAAGCAUUCAUAUCGUAGUAGGAAAAUCUUUCAUGCCCGAGAAAGAUGUCACUUUGAAACUUCUUCGAAGAGGAGGAAGUUGUGUAACCGUAGCUUUGCUAUUGCGUACGAUCAGGAGGCUAGUAGUGAAAGCAUUUCUAAUUUGCCCGACAAGAGAAUUAAUGGAGACAAUAUAAAAUUUAGCAUCAAGUCUUUCAAGGUGCCAGAGCUUUACAUUGAGGUUCCCGAAACUGCAACAGUUGGAUCAUUGAAGAGAACAGUGAUGGAGGCUGUUACAGCCAUAGUAGCGGGUGGUUUACGGGUGGGAGUUGUUCUCCAAGGAAAGAAGGUAAGAGACGAUAAUAGAACUCUAAAGCAAGCUGGUAUAUCUCACAAUGGCAACAUCGAUGCAUUGGGUUUUACGUUGGAGCCUAAUUUAAGCCAAGUUUCUCUUGUUUCGACCCCGAAAGAUGCUCCUUCUUCCUUACGUGCUGCUGUGGAAACAGAAGUUUCCGGGAGUCCAGCCAGUCCUAACUUGGAUUUGGCGCUUUCCACUAUUCCGUCUGAUCCCUCACCCGAGAUUAUUAUGGAUAAACCCGUUGAGGGCAACCGUGAGUUGGUACCGUUUUCGGAGAAUCCUACUGAUUCCUCGACUAAUUUAUGUGAUUCAGACACCAAAGCUUUGGUGGCGGUUCCACCAUCAAAUGCCGAGGCACUUGCAAUUGUUCCUCUGAAUGGGAAAAGUAAGCGCACUGAACUUUCGCAACGUAGGACCCGAAGACCGUUUUCUGUUGCAGAAGUUGAUGGACUGGUUGGAGCAGUAGAGCAACUCGGAACUGGAAGGUGGCGUGAUGUUAAAAUGCGUGCUUUUGAGAAUGCAGAUCAUCGCACAUACGUUGACUUGAAGGAUAAAUGGAAGACGUUGGUUCAUACUGCGAGCAUCGCCCCGCAGCAAAGGCGGGGAGAGCCUGUACCGCAGGAGCUUCUGAACCGGGUCUUAGCUGCCCACUCGUACUGGUCCCAACAUCAGGCCAAGCAACACGGGAAGAGCCACGCUACUUUGCCUUUGAGGACCGAGGUUUGAAAAGGUUGUCUCGUGAUUAUAUUCCUAAGAUGUGUAUAUGACGUAAGAAUGUAGAGAUUGAAGGGUCACAUAUUAUAUAUAUGUCGUCGUUUAGGUUUCUCAGGCAGGCUCACUGAUUCAUCGCGCAGUCUUCCUCCAUGAUUCGGGGAGGCUGGCGACUGUAAAUUGAUUCAAGAAACAUUGUAGUCUAGGGUGUCACUCUCUGUUGAUUCUAUUUUUUAUUUUUCUGGGAUUGGAAAUGUAUUAUUAUGUACAUUAAUCUCUUUACAUUUGAAAUAAAUGGUUUAUU